CCUGCGAAACAAACAUAGUAUAAGAAUGAGUCCUCAAUCUCUCCCAACUGAGUUAUUCAAACGUUCCCUUUACCAUCCCUCAUCCGAGAAGUGAAUCCUCUCAGCAUGGUAGGCCACAAUGACCCCAAGACUGGAUGGUGGAUGGGAGAGCCUGGAAACUCCGUCCGCCCCACCCCAAUCCGCAUAGUCACCUAUUCCCUAUCCCCAAACCGACAGAGACCCUUUGCUGGGGCGUUCCACGCUGCCAUAUAUAAUACGUUCCGAAGAUGCAGACACCAGGUGCUAUAUGUUGUGCCGCCCUUUCUGAUUGCCUAUGCGGCGAUGAAUUGGGCGAAUGAGAGGAAUGAGUAUCUGAAUUCGAAACAGGGGAGGUUGGAGAGGGCUGACUCGGUUGAGUGAAGGUUGGGUUUGUUGUUUGUUUUUAACGGAUAUUGGUUGUUUAUUACUUGUUGUGCAUCGUGUAGAUCAUGGGGGAGUCUAGAUCGAUUUUCUUAG